AUGGGUGGAAUGUGGCAGGUGCUUCCGCGCCUCCUACCUGGCUCCUGCUGCCCGGCUUUUCUCGAUCUCUGGUGUCUCGAUGUUGCGACACCGACAAGAUACGUGGAUUCGUGUUUUGACAAGACCACUGCUGAGAAGCUGAGUAAGAAGUGCUGCGAAAAGUCAUGCUCUCCACCUGACGUGAAUCCGCUUUGCUCUGUGCUCCAUGGGUCAGUGGAGUUUGAACUAAACAAUGUGAUGGAAGUCGGUUACGCCUACUCCACAGUCAACUCGACCCUGUGGUACAGCUCAGGUCAGAUUGAGUUACCCUGA